AUGAGCGACAUCGUCAUCAACUCCGACACCUUCUUCGAGCGACUGCAAACACUUUACAAUGCCUGGAAGGCGGAUAAGAGAUCGGGAAAUGAGGUUUUUGGCGGCGCAGAUAGUAUCAUAGUUUUGACGGGCAAAGCAGCCGAGGACACGGUAUAUGUCAAGAACAAUACCGUUCAUUUCUGGCUCCUGGGCUACGAGUUUCCUGCGACGUUGUUAAUUUUCACCACUGUUGCCUUGUACGUUGUUACCACGGAGAAGAAGGCUAAGCACCUUCAAAACCUGAAGGAUGGCAAGAUCCCAGUCGAGAUUCUUACCGUUCACAUGAAACAGCCCGAAACCCGGACCCAAGCCUUUGAGAAAUGUAUUGAUAUUAUCAAGACUGCCGGAAAGAAAGUCGGCACUAUCCCCAAGGCAGAGGCGCACGGACCGUUCGUUGAUGAAUGGCUCAAAAUGUAUGGUGACCUCUCCAAGGAGGUCGAGGAAGUGGACAUUUCAACCGCCUUCUCGACGGCGUUCGCGGUCAAAGACGAGAACGAGCUGAGAAAUAUGCGAACCGCGGCUCGGGCGGCCAGUGGCAUGAUCUCAGACUAUUGGGUUGAUGAGAUGUCCUCCGUCCUUGAUGAAGAGAAGAAAGUCACGCAUCGUCAGCUUUGUGAUAACAUGUCAAAGAAGAUCGACGAUAACAAGUUCUUCAACAAGAUCUCGAAGUUGCCCAGCGAUUUCGACAACCAGCAGAUGGAUUGGGCAUACGGCCCUAUCGUCCAGAGUGGUGGGCAAUAUGAUCUUCGAUUGAACGCUCAACCGACCAACGACAACCUUCACUCCGGUUGUAUUAUUGCCGGACUCGGGUUCCGAUACAAGACCUACUGUUCGAUCCUCGCACGGACUUACUUGAUUGACCCAAGCAAGUCGCAGACGUCAAACUACAAGCUUUUGCUUGCUGCGCAUGAUGCCGCGUUGAAAGAAAUCAAAGAAGGGGCGCUUCCGAAAGACGUCUACAACAAAGCUCUAGGCGUCAUCAAGGCUCACAGACCCGAACUCGAGAAGAACUUUGGUAAAGAUGUCGGGUCUGCGAUUGGUAUUGAAGUCCGGGAUUCCAAAUUUGUCCUGAAUGGCAAAAACACCAAGCCCCUCAAAGAUGGCAUGACAUUCAGCGUCACCACCAGCCUCUCGGAUCUGACAAACGACAAGCCUCAAGACAAGAGAGGUACCAACUAUACCCUUGUUCUGACGGACACGGUGCGAGUGACCCGAGGAGACCCGGUGGUGUUCACGAAGGAGGCGCUCACCGACCUGGAUUCGAUCGAAUUCUACUUUAAGGAUGAUGAGGAAGAGACAAAACCGAAGCAGGAGAAGGCGAAGAGGCCCGGUGCCAGCGCCAUCGUUACCUCCAAUAUCAAGACAACUCGUCUCCGCGGGGCCAACCGACAAGAUAACGCGAAAGAAGAGGAAGAGGCCCGAAGAAGAGAGCAUCAAAAGGAAUUGGCGGCCAAGAAGCAGCGCGAGGGCCUGGAGAAGUAUGCCGAAGCGACUGGCGACAUGAAUGGCGAGAACGAGAAGAAGUUCAAAAAGUUCGAGUCGUACAAGCGCGAAGGUCAACUUCCUCCACGUGCCAAGGACUUGAUCGUCUGUGUGGAUCUCAAGGCGUCGACGGUCAUCAUCCCCAUCAUGGGCCGGCCGGUGCCGUUCCACAUCAACACGAUCAAAAACGUCAGCAAAUCCGACGAAGGCGAGUACACGCAUUUGCGGUUCAAUUUCUUGUCUCCCGGUCAAGGUGUGGGACGCAAAGAUGACCAACCCUUCGAGGAUCCUCAAGCACAUUUUGUCAGAUCCUUGACUAUACGGUCGAAGGACCAAGAUCGCCUCUCGGAGAUUUCGGCGCAAAUCACCGAACUCCGGCGGUCAGCUGUUCGUCGAGAGCAAGAAAAGAAGGAGAUGGAGGAUGUUGUGGAGCAGGACAAGCUGAUCGAAAUCCGCAACCGUCGGCCUAUCAAGUUGACAGAUGUCUAUCUUCGACCUGCGCAGGAUGGCAAGCGAGUCCCGGGCGAGGUCGAAAUCCAUCAGAAUGGUCUCCGGUACUCAUCUCCCCUCCGUCAAGAGCAUGUCGACGUGGUCUUUUCCAAUGUCAAGCACUUGUUCUUCCAACCUUGCGUGGGUGAACUGAUUGUGCUGAUCCACGUCCAUCUCAAAAACCCUAUCAUCAUCGGCAAACGCAAGACGAGAGAUGUCCAGUUCUACCGCGAAGCCACCGAUAUGGCGUUCGACGAGACGGGCAACCGCAAGCGGAAGCAUCGAUAUGGCGACGAAGAGGAGUUUGAGCAAGAACAAGAAGAACGACGACGACGAGCCGAGCUCGACCGGCUCUUCAAGAGUUUCGCAGAAAAGAUCUCGGACCAAGCCAGGGACUACAAUGUCACGGUUGAUAUUCCAUUCCGGGAGCUUAGUUUCAACGGUGUCCCGAACCGGAGCAAUGUGCUGAUGGCGCCGACGACCGAUGCAUUGGUUCAAUUGACGGAACCACCCUUCACAGUCAUCACAUUGGAUGAGAUUGAGGUUGCUCAUCUGGAGCGGAUACAGUUUGGACUCAAGAACUUCGACCUCGUCUUUGUCUACAAGGACUUCCACCGCCCGCCCACGCAUAUCAACACGAUUCCCGUUGAGUCGCUCGAUCGAGUGAAAGAAUGGUUGGACAGCGUGGACAUUGCGUACACCGAGGGUCCUCUCAACCUCAACUGGAGUACGAUUAUGAAGACGGUGACGACCGACCCCCAUCAAUUCUUCAAAGACGGCGGCUGGAAUUUCCUGGCGACCGAGUCCGAUGAUGAAGAUCAAGAGGAGUCGGAAGAGGAAAGUGCGUUUGAGAUGAGCGACUCGGAAUUGGCGGCCAGUGAGUCGGAGAGUGACGACGAGAGCGAUUUUGACGACGACGCGAGUGCAAGUGAUGAUGAAGGAGAAGCGGAGAGUGGAUUGUCUGACGAAGGCGAUGACUGGGAUGAAAUGGAGAAAAAGGCUAAGAAGGACGAUAGGAGAGGUGGCUUGGAGGACGAGGACAAAGCCGCGAGGAAACGCAAGAGAUGA